UGAACUUUGACCACUUCCAGAUUCUCCGGGCGAUUGGGAAGGGAAGCUUUGGCAAGGUGUGCAUCGUGCAGAAGAGAGACACGGAGAAGAUGUAUGCCAUGAAGUACAUGAACAAGCACCAGUGCAUUGAACGGGACGAGGUGCGCAACGUGUUCAGGGAGCUGGAGAUCCUGCAGGAGAUCGAGCACGUGUUCCUGGUGAAUCUCUGGUACUCCUUCCAGGAUGAGGAAGACAUGUUUAUGGUGGUGGACCUGCUCCUCGGUGGAGACCUGCGCUACCACCUGCAGCAAAAUGUUCAGUUUACUGAGGAAACAGUCAAACUCUACAUCUGUGAGAUGGCCCUGGCUUUGGACUACCUGCAGAGCCAGCAUAUCAUCCACAGAGAUGUAAAACCAGACAACAUUCUCCUCGAUGAGCAAGGUCAUGCCCAUUUAACAGAUUUUAAUAUUGCAACAAUAAUUAGGGACGGUGAAAGAGCAACUGCAUUGGCUGGGACAAAGCCAUACAUGG